AUGUUCGAAGUCUACUUCGAUCAUGGCCGGUCACUUGGUAAUUUGACUGUCACGGAUUCAGGUGAGAAGACGGUUCAAGAGACCUGGCUGUGCAUCGACGAGGAUAAUCAGGGGUUCGCGCACCUGAUGAUCAAUGACUGGCCUGGAUUGGUCCGAGAUGGACUCAAAUACAACCUGACUGUUUUCGAAGCCAUGUUCAUGACGACUGAUCUGAGAGUCAUCGAACUUGGAAACACAAAACUCUUUCUUGGUGGUUUGCUCUCACUCCUUGACCGCAACAAGGAGACAUUGGAUGUCCUCAAACUCAUCAACGUCGAUACCGAUGCGGAUGGCAAUUCGUAG